AUGUCAGGAUAUCAUAACGAUAAUAACAGCGGUGGCUACUUCAACAAUGGAGGUAACUACGGUAACAGAGGUGGUUUCGAAAGAAACGAUAGAGGUUACGGAGGUAACAGAGGUGGUGAUAGAGGUUUUGGCGGUAACAGAGGUUACGGUGGCGGAAGAGGAAGAGGUGGUUUCGAAAGAGAAAGAGUUGAAUUGACUGCUCCAGAAUGGGAUUUAGAAAGCUUACCAAAAUUUGAAAAAAAUUUCUAUCAAGAACAUCCAUCUGUUGCUGCUAGAUCAGAUGCUGAUGUUGCUAAAUUCAGAAAAGAACAUGACAUGAAAUGUGUUGGUACUGAUAUUCCAAAACCAGUUACUACUUUUGAUGAAUCAGGUUUCCCAAGUUAUGUCUUAGAAGAAGUUAAGAAUCAAGGUUUCCCAAACCCAACUGCCAUUCAAUGUCAAGGUUGGCCAAUGGCUUUAAGUGGUAGAGAUAUGAUCGGUAUUGCUGCUACUGGUUCAGGUAAAACUUUAUCUUAUUGUUUACCAGGAAUUGUUCACAUCAAUGCUCAACCAUUAUUGAAACCAGGUGAUGGUCCAAUUGUUUUAGUUUUAGCUCCAACCAGAGAAUUAGCUGUUCAAAUUCAAACUGAAUGUUCCAAAUUCGGUAGAUCCUCCAGAAUUAGAAACACCUGUAUUUAUGGUGGUGCUCCAAAAGGUCAACAAAUCAGAGAUUUAGCUAGAGGUUCCGAAAUUUGUAUUGCUACUCCAGGUAGAUUAAUCGAUAUGUUGGAAACUGGCAAAACUAAUUUAAAGAGAGUUACUUAUUUAGUAUUAGAUGAAGCUGAUAGAAUGUUGGAUAUGGGUUUUGAACCACAAAUCAGAAAGAUUGUUGAUCAAAUUAGACCUGAUAGACAAACUUUGAUGUGGUCCGCUACUUGGCCAAAAGAAGUUCAAAACUUAACCAGAGAUUACUUAAAUGACCCUAUCCAAGUUACUAUUGGUUCAUUGGAAUUAGCUGCUUCCCACACUAUUACUCAAUUAGUUGAAGUUGUCAGUGAAUACGAAAAGAGAGAUAGAUUAAUCAAACAUUUAGAAAUUGGUACCAAAGAUCCAGCUGCUAAGUGUUUGAUUUUCGCUUCCACCAAAAGAACUUGUGAUGAUAUCACUUCAUAUUUAAGAUCAGAUGGAUGGCCUGCUUUAGCCAUUCAUGGUGACAAACAACAACAAGAAAGAGAUUAUGUUUUAAAUCAAUUCAGAACUGGUGACUCUCCAAUUAUGGUUGCCACUGAUGUUGCCGCUAGAGGUAUUGAUGUCAAAGGUAUUUCAUACGUUAUCAAUUUCGAUAUGCCUGGUAACAUUGAAGAUUAUGUCCACAGAAUCGGUAGAACUGGUAGAGCUGGUACCACUGGUACUGCUGUUUCAUUCUUCACUGAAGGUAACAAAUCUUUAGGUGGUGAUUUAUGUAAAAUUAUGAGAGAAGCUAAACAAAACAUUCCUCCUGAAUUACAAGUUUAUGAUAAACGUUCAGGUGGUUUCCAUCCAAGAUACGGUGGUGGUAGAGGUGGUCGUGGUGGCCGUGGUGGCCGUGGUGGUAGAGGUUACGGUGGUGGUAACAGAGGUUUUACCGGUUCAAAUAAUGCUCCAUUAGGUAACCGUAGAUUUUAA